UUCUUAUUUCAGUAGCGUUAAGUAGAGUUGAUGUAGUGUAAUCGUCUUAAUUUAGGUAUCCGUGUAUGAAAAAAUAUUACUUGUAUUAAUAUGGUUUGCAUAAAACUAUUUGUUAUUAUUUUUGGUACUGCGUAUUGUUAUCCAUCAUUAUGGGUUCAGAAAAUAGCUGAAAAUUCACAGUAUAAUGAACAGGAUAAUAUAAUCAAAAAGUAUGACGAGUUUCCCGAUUUGGAAAGCUAUUUCCGACAAAAUAUUACAGGAGAAUCUAAAUCAAAAGAUUAUACCGAAGCAAUUAUACCUUUUACAACAAUAUUUCUAAAUAUGACUAGUACUUCGGCAUCAGUUACAACUACUUCCACCAUAAGCAGUACAGUCUCUUCCACCACAAUUCCUAGUAAAAUUAAUCAAGUUCCGGAUGAAAACAAAAUAUACAAAAAUACUUUUAGUAAUAAAAUAAAAAAUAUUAGUGAAGAAAUUGAUGAUUUAAAUAUCAAGGCUUCUCAAGAAGCCAAUAGUAGUGAAGAAUCUGAAGAGGGAGGGAACAUGCUAACAGGUUUACUAUCUGCGUUUUUGGGUGGUCUGAGUAAGCCUGACGGCAGUAUAGACUUAGAAGCUAUUAUUGGAUUACUUGGAAGUUUAAGCACUCAAAAUCCGGAUGGAACUUAUGACUUUGAUGGUUUGACACAGCUUUUAAGAAGCUUUUUUGGAGGUAGUCCCGAUGGAGGCGGAUCUGAUAUUGGUGCAUUUGCUGGUGGAUUACUUGGAGCAUUUAUUAAAGGUGUCGCUAAUCCUCCUGGUCCGAAAGGCGCGGGUAUUCUAGCCGGGAAGGUGGUGACUGGUAUAUUGCCAGCCUUGAGUGCCCCAGAAACAAAUUUGGAUGGCCAUGGUGCAACCUCUUGGAAAAAAGAACCUCCAUUAGAUUCAGGAUCUUUCUUGACUGGAUUAUUAAAAACAGUCUUAGGAAUUAAUAGAAAUGAAAUGGGACAGAAGACCGGUUCGAAGUAUACUUUAUUCAAACUGAUCUUCUCUGCAAUUACUGGUGUGAUUUCAGCCGCAUCUUCUUUAUCGUCCAAAUCCGACUGGCAAAAUUAAAAAUUUUAUUUACAUAGUUAUAUAUUUAUAUAGUAGAAAAGUGUGACAUGCUAUUAAUUAUAAUUAACUUUGACUGAGCUAGAAUUUUUUAUUCAAUAUAUUGUAUCUUUUUUCGUGAAUUAAAAGGUAAAUUAAACUUAAAAAUAUAUUAUAAAUAUAUUAUUAUAGGUUA